UACACAACUUUAUCAAACUUAAUAUAUAUUAAGUGGAAGGUUGUUGAGAUUCCCGGCAGUUCUGGAGUUCAUCUCUAAUUGAAACCAUGCUUUAUUUGUUGUUAUUACUUGUAUUCGCUUUCGCUAAUGGCGAGGAAUCGCUUUUGGUGAAGAUUCCCGAUGGUUUGAUCGAAGGAUAUUUGUCAUCUUCUUACAAAGGACGUUCGUACGCCGAAUUCCGUGGAAUCCCUUACGCUAAAGCCCCAAUUGGUAAUUUGCGUUUCGAGGAUCCUGUUUCGGUUGAACCGUGGGAAGGUAAAUGGAUUGCUAACCAAUCGACGGAAUGUACGCAAGUUAUGCAUUACACCCCAGAAGGUGGUGUUUCCUUGGGACAAGAGGAUUGCCUUCACGUCAAUGUUUACGUUCCUUCCAAUAAAAUAAACUCCAACUCCAAUUAUGAUGUAAUCGUUCACAUCCAUGGUGGUGCUUUCAUGUUCGGCAGUGGAGAUAUGUACGCCGGUGAAAAAUACCUGAUGGAUACAAAUGUAGUUCUGGUUACCUUAAACUACAGGGUAGGAGUGUUUGGAUUCUUGAGCACCGAAGAUGAGAAUCUUCCUGGUAACAUUGGAAUGAAGGAUCAAGUCAUGGCUUUGAAAUGGAUUAAAAACAACAUUAAAUACUUUGGUGGUAAUCCCGAUUCCAUCACCAUCACCGGUCUUUCAGCUGGAGGAGCUAGCGUUCAUUUCCACUUGUUAUCUCCAUUAUCUCGAGGAUUGUUUUCAAAAGCUAUUUCCUCUUCCGGAUCUUCCCUCAAUGCAUGGACUAUUCAAGAACAUGCUAUUGAAAAGACGAGGAAAGUUGCUGCAGCAGUUGGAUGCAAUCAAAAAUGCACCAAGGAAUUGGUGAAAUGUUUGAAAACUAGGAACGCCGCUCAAUUAAACGAAGCGACUAGACUGCUGAGAACAUUCAUGUUCAAUCCGUUCUCGCCAAUUGGUUUGGUCGUCGAUUCUGCUAGCAAAAAUCCGUUCAUGCCUAAACAUCCAUACGAGAUCUUGGUUAAAGGAGAAGUUUACGACGUUCCUUAUAUGAUAUCCGCAACUGUUGACGAAGGAUUGUAUCCAGCUGCUGAUUUCGCAAGCGAAACUAUUUUGGAGAAGAUCAACAAAGAUUGGGAUGAAGUUGCUCCACUUAUAAUGCAUUACUCAGAAGUUAUAUCAAAGGAGCAAAUGAACGAAGUUUCGCAGAAGAUUAGGGAUUUCUAUAUUGGGGAUACCGACAUCAACAAAGAAAACUAUUACCAACUCAUUCAGAUGAUUGGAGAUAGGAUUUUCGUUGCUGAUUUAGAUUUGACUGCAAGAUUACACUCGAAAGCGAUCAAAUCGGAUUUAUAUUUCUACCAUUUCAAUUAUUCCGCUGAAGAAGUACCAUCCGUGGCUCUUUUAUUCAGUGGAAGUACUGAAACAUACGGUGUUUGUCAUGGAGAUGAUCUUAUGCUCAUAUUCUCUGAUACCCAUUCACCAACUACAGCAAAGUUGACGGAAGCUGAUGAAAAAAUGGUGCAAACCAUGAUUGGAAUUUGGAUUAGUUUUGCACACACAGGAAAGCCACAAUUUGUACCAGAUUGGACACCAGUUAGCAAAAACACCGAUGAUGCAUUGGACUACCUCUUCAUCCAAGAUAGUAUUGAAAUGAAGAAAUCCGAGGACUUUGGUUUCAGGUCCUUUUGGCAUAGCCUACCCUUCGAGGAAAAUGCUAAUCUCUUCAAAACGAAGAACGUUAAAACCGAAUUAUAAAUAAUUUUGUUAUAUUAACAAAAGUUAAAUUUUUAUUUAAUAAAGAAUCUUACUUAGUGAUUAAGUAGAAA